AUGGCCACCAAGCCCGUCCCAGGCCCGAUUCCUGCUGCGAACCCAAAGGGUGGCUCAGGCACCAAUUCCGGAGCGACGAAGCCUCUGCCGGACGGAAUCAACUUUCGCGAUCGCCUGGAUUCGCUGCGGGCAGGCGUCGAUGUCGAAUUGACCUAUCUAGCGUUUCAUAUGCCUGGUGUCAGCGAUCCGAACAAACCCAUUCCGCGAGAAAGAACCUCGUAUUUCGGCGAUGUGCCCUGUCUCUCCAGUGAAGACGAGGGCAAACCAUUCUCAUCGCCCAUUCGGCAGUCUCCAGACUACGAUGGAGACACUAACACCGACUCUUACAACCGGGUGCGCAAGAUCAUAUUCAACCAGGCCAUUCGAUAUAAUGUCACCAAGCUGGAGCAAAAGUUCCUCAGCUUCAACGACAUUGUCGACAUUGACGACGAGGCGUUCGAGAAUCACGUCAGCGAAGACCUUGCCGCUCGCUUUGGCGAAAGCGAUUUCUUCAGCGGCGUCAUUCUGCUCGUGAUAUUGCUCAAUGCAAUCACAGUCGCCGUGCAGACCAAUGACCAGCUGGCCCAGCGAUACUCCAACGUGUUUGUCAUGAUCGACGAGAUAUUCUUGGCGAUAUUCACGAUGGAGAUCCUCUUCAAGUGGUACUACGGAUUCAUGAUAUUCUGGAAGUCGGGGUGGAAUGUCGGCGACUUUAUCAUUGUUCUCACGUCGUUUCUUACCCCAGGCAAGCUCUCGUUCGGCUUGAUUCUUCGACUGCUGCGGGUCUCGCGUGCAUUCCGAUCGCUGCGCUACAUAUCUAUCCUCGACGGCGUCCAAACCGUCGUCAUUGCGAUCGUCGACUCCAUUCCAGAUAUGGCCAACAUCACCGUCCUCCUCGUGGCACUGAUGAUGAUCUGGGCGAUCGUGGGAGUGACGCUCUUUGGCGACGUCCUACCAGGAAAUUUUGGAGACAUCGGCUCAGCCAUGUUCACACUGUUCAUCAUGACGACCCAAAUCGGCUGGAUGGAGUCGUUUACCGAGCUGGAGAACGACAAUCUGUUCUUGCCGGCGGCUCUGUACUACGCUAGCUUUAUGAUCAUCGGCGUCUUUGUCUUCAUGAAGAUCAUUGUGGCCGUUGUCGUGUCCAAUCUGGAAGAGACGUACGAACGCAAAAAAAAGGAAUACAAGCGCAAGUACCGCCAUCUCAAGUCCAAUCUGCGCUCGACGCAAGGCAAGCACCAACUUUUGCACCGCUUCCAACGCGGUAUUGUCAACAUGCCGAGCUCGCGAAGUGCGGUUUGGAAGAACCAGAUCCCAUACGAAAUCCCGGAGUUCGACAAAAUCACCAUAUCGCAGCUGGAGUCCUAUUUUCAGAUCCUGUCGAUCAUGGAAGAAAACCUGCAUGAAUACGUCAUGUUGAAGGAGAAACUCUAUGAAAUUCAGGUUGAGCUGAAGCUGAUCAACUCGACCGACGGCGUCAAUCUCGAGAACGAAGAGGAGGACGAGGAAUACGACGACGGUGGCGGCGACGUGCUCAGCAAAUGGCUCAAGGCAUUCAAGUAG